GCCAAAAGGGAAAGUACGUCAUACGUGAAUCAAUACUGAUAUUACUGAUUACUUUGCUUCUAGUUAUAGUUUAAAGUUAUAGCUGCAUUAUUUAUCCGUUUUCAAUGCUAUCUAGUUAAAGUUGAGAUUGGUAUAGUCAUAAAAAAAUUGCAAAAUGGGAGCCGUCUUGGGCCUUUGUUCGGCAGCGCAACUGGCGUGCUGCUGCGGCAGCGCCGCGUGCUCGCUGUGCUGCUCGGCGUGCCCGUCGUGCGCCAACUCCACCUCCACGCGGCUCAUGUACACCCUGAUGCUGCUCCUAGUCAUGGUGGCCGCAUGCGUCACUCUGGCUCCUGGACUCAAAACAGAAUUGCAAAAAGUGCCUUUUUGUGCUAAUUCAACAGGAGUCGUACCAGCAAAUUUUAAAGUAGACUGUAAUAAUGCUGUUGGCUACCUUGCAGUUUAUAGAAUUUGUUUUGCGCUGUGCAUGUUCUUCGUUCUGAUGGCAUUGAUAAUGAUAGGUGUGAAGUCGUCCAAGGAUCCUCGUACCGGCAUACAAAAUGGUUUUUGGGGCAUAAAGUUCCUGGUGGUGAUCGGAGGUGUAAUCGGCGCGUUCUUCAUCCCCGAAGGCUCGUUCGCGUCCACGUGGAUGGUGUUCGGCAUGAUGGGCGGUUUUUGCUACAUCAUCAUACAACUGGUGUUGAUUAUUGAUUUUGCGCAUUCGUGGGCGGAGAAAUGGGUUUCGAACUACGAGGAGUCGGAGUCGCGCGGGUGGUACGCGGCGCUGCUGCUCGCCAUGAUCACGUGCUUCGCGCUCGCUCUCGCCGGCAUCGUGCUCUUGUUCCUCAACUUCACGCAGGCGCAGGAGGCCAGCUGCGGCCUGCCCAAGUUCUUCAUCUCGAUCAACCUGAUCCUGGUGGUGAUCGCGAGCGCCAUCUCCAUCCUGCCGGCCGUGCAGGAGCACAACCCGCACUCGGGCCUGCUGCAGUCCUCGGUGGUGUCGCUCUACGUCAUGUACCUCACCUGGUCGGCCUUGUCCAACUCGCCGACGCCCUGCAACAGUCUCAUCGACCCUAACAAUGAUCGUAAAGAAGAUACUUACUGGGCGGCGUCGUUCGACAAGCAGGCCAUCAUCGGCAUGGUGAUCUGGGUGUGCAGCGUGCUGUACUCGUGCGUGCGCACCGCCUCCAACUCCUCCAAGAUCACCAUGUCCGACCACAUCCUUGCCAAGGAAGGCACAGGGCAAGGAGGGCUCAUUGCUAACGAAGGGUAUGAUUCCAUAGAGGGCGCGGGCGCGGGCGCGGGGGGCGGCGAAGGCGGCGAGGCCAAGGUGUUCGACAACGAGGGCGAGGGCGUGGCCUACAACUGGACCUUCUUCCACGUCGUGUUCGCGCUCGCCACCCUCUACUCCAUGAUGACGCUCACCAACUGGUUUAACCCGAGCUCGCAGCUCAUGAAAGAGAACGUGGCGUCCAUGUGGAUCAAGAUCUCUUCCUCGUGGCUCUGUGUCGGGAUCUAUAUAUGGACCAUGGCCGCUCCAGCUAUCUUCCCAGAUCGCGACUUCAGUUAAACUCCACCUACAUAUUUGUAAUGUUUACUUAUAUGUUCUUAUUAUUUGAAUGGUUACAAAAAAGAUGCUAUUGAGAUGAAAACUUAUUUAGGGAUCUCAUCAACCAAACAAUAUUGCAAAUCCAAAAGCGUAAAACUAACUUUAUUUUUUUAUGGGAUAUGUAAAAAACACAUCCAUAUUUUUUAGUGUUAAAAGUAGGUACAUUACU